CUGGAUCCUCUCCAGCAAUACAUAGUAGAUAUACACAGAGCAAAGACAUCCAGUCUACCUUCAUAGCUGGCAAUACAGAGGACCUUGCAACAGAAGUGGACUUUGGAAAUCUUGACCACCAACUGACUAUAUCAAGCUUAGGAAACCUCAUCUGCUACAGACUCCAGAGAAGACAGAGUAACUUCCCCUAUAGAGACCGGCAACGUAAUUCUGUAAGCUAUGUUACCUGCCACCUUCAAACUUUGUGCUGGGAUAUCAUACAGACAUCUUCGUAACAUGACAGGUCUCAGGAAAACGGCUGCAGUAGCUCUUUCACAUGAACUGGAAAAGUUGGCUCUAGUUGGGCCAGGACCCAGUCAAUGGAUAAAUCAAGUGAGAAGAAGAAGCUCGCUACUGAGUUCCAGGCUUGAUGAGAAACCCUACAAUGAAGUUGAGAUGUCUUACCUCAAGCAGGGAGAAGAAGCCCUAAAGAAGUCAAUGAACAUUCUGGAAGAACAAGAUGGAUGGAAAGUGGAAAUUGUGGCGAAAAAUGGAGAUAAAGUUCUCAGUAAAGUCCUCCCGGACAUCGGAAAGGUCUUUAAGCUGGAAGCCGUAGUGGAGAAGCCAUUGGAUAGUGUCUAUGGAGAACUGGUGGACAAUAUGGAGAAUAUGGGAGAAUGGAAUCCAAAUGUGAAAGAAAUUAAGAUUCUCCAGAAGAUUGGAAAGGACACAGUAAUAACACAUGAGAAAGCGGCAGAAACUCCUGGGAAUAUUAUAGGACCUCGUGAUUUCGUGAGUGUGAGAUGCAGCAAGAGGAGAGGCUCCACCUGUAUUCUUGCGGGAAUGUCAACCAGAUUUAGUGAAAUGCCUGAACAGAAAGGAUACAUAAGGGCAGAGAACGGUCCAACAUGUAUGGUACUUCACCCAGUACUUGAAGAUCCCUCAAAAACCAAACUAACUUGGCUUCUUAGCAUCGACUUAAAGGGCUGGCUGCCAAAGUCUAUCAUAAACCAAGUGUUGUCCCAGACGCAAGUGGAUUUUGCUAAACAUCUACGUAACAGGGUCGCCAUGUCCACUGCCAGCCUGUCACUCUGCUAACCGUUCUUCCUCAUCAUCAUCACAUCCGACCUUACAAAAUUAUGACUAAACUAUUAUCAAGUUCUUGCUGUUAUCUUAAAUGUAUGGGGUCAUUUAUCAAACUGGUGUAAAGUAGAACUGGUUUAGUUGCCCAUAGAAACCAAUCAGGUUUAACCUUUUAUGUUGGACAGCUGAAUGAAAGGUGGAAUCUGGUUGCUAUGGGCAACUAAGCCAGUUCUACUUCACACUAGUUUGAUAAAUGACCACCUUAUUGUUUGUCCUACAGACCUUCUCUUCCACCUUAUUUUCAGGGUAGUUCCACUAUCUUCUAACAUAUUUCCCGAAUAAAAGUCCUGUGCCUUUGGAAGGUCACCUGAACCUCUUUGGUGAUCUGAGAGUUCCGUAAUUUGUAGAAUCUCGACUAUUGGGAUUCUUUGAUGGAAACUUUUGGAAGCUAUGGAACUUUCCGACCAGUCCUGAAGGGGCUGUGGUGCUUUACUGAGAGUUGUUGCCUUUACUCUGGUCUCAGAUAGGUAGCCCCAACUCAUGGAUCCCCAUCAUAAUGCUUUAGAACAUGUCUAUUUAGAAUGCCUCUUUGAGGAGGUCCUGUUCCCCAUUGGAGGCAGCCAUUUUGUAGAUUGAAAUAUUAUGGAACCUAAUAUUUCAUGGUAGCCAGUGAAUUCUGUCAGACUUUCCCAUAAAAAGGACCAGAUUAGAAGCCACAAGACACCUCUAGUACCACUUAUCUCCAGGGAAACUAAAGUUUAAAUUCAUCCCUGUUUCCUCAAGUUCCCUAUACAAAUUAAAUGAUUGGUAGAUCCCGUUGAAACCAUUGGGAUCACCAGUAAAUGUCCAAUUUAUAGGGUCAGAUGAAGAGUUGAGGGGCUGUUC